AUGGAGCUACACGGGCGCAAGGAGGGAGUAGGGGUGGUCAAGGAGCAAGGAACGACCAAGGGCGGGCCUUGGAAGGUCGCAUCUAUCCUCGGGUUGGGCUAUGGUGGACGGGCACCUAGGGCUAAGUCUUCUUCGUCUUCACUCUUCACAAUAGAACUUCAGAUUCAUCAGUUCUGCUGGAGGCCGAGCUUCCUCUUCUCCUUUGAGUAUCGCAAGAUUGCAACAGGUUCAAGCUUCCUCUUCUCCUUCCGUCUCUUCUCGGCACGUGAAUACCGGAAUCUGGUGGUGAAGAUCCCGACACGACACGGUAACAAACUGGCCGGGUAUGAUUUUCAUCUGAUCGCAAGAUGGAGACAUACUUUCCCGUUCCUCUCCUGCAUUGUGCAAUUACCCCUUUCAUGGCCCAAGAUAGUCAAGAAAUGGUUCAACAUCAGGGGCAAAUCUGAGGACUUUGAAGCUGAUGACGUUGUCCAUGGAGGCGGUGAAGAAGAAUGGGGGGACAUCUAUGCAGAGCCGGAGCCAUGCUCGAUCAAGAAAAGCAAAACAGAGAGACUGAGCAAGAGAAGUUCCAACCGACUCCUGCGAGGCAAGAUCGACCUCAAAGCCUCUCAGGUGACUGACGUGCAAAAUUACAGAUUGGGCUUAUUUGAUUCCUUGCUUGGUUCCAUUUAUUCGAAAGUAGAACCGGGCCUCAUUCAUAUACGCAUGGACCUAACAUAUUGGUCAAAAUGGACCAACUUUUCAUUGUCACCCUAUAUAUACAAUGGCACAAUCUAGCUAAUAUUCAAUCUCUUACUUUUGUUUUUUCGGUAA